CCUCAUAGGCCUGACUGUCGUUCUCUUUCUUCUUUUUGUCUACAGAGAGGAGCGCAGGAGUGAUCGGAGCACGAUUAUUUCUUAGGAGUCUGUUGGAUUUCUUUGGAGAUGCUCGAGAACUUCCAUUGACAGGCAGCUGUCUAACUUCAAGUUCUCCUACAGAAAUUUCCAUUCCUUCGUAGGCCUUGCGUGGCCACUCCAGUUGUGCAGUUAGAUUCAUUUAAACAAAACCAUUCUCUGGGGGUGUGUGGUACUUCUGGACUAUGCUCUCCCUGUGGUUGUUUUUGCUCCCCUUCCUGAGCCUUUUGAAUCUGGCACCGGCUGAGAAGGGCCUUGAGUUCCCACACUACGAUGGGAUGGACCGUGUUCUAGAUAUUAGUGACAAGAACUACAAGAAAGCCUUGAAGAAAUACAGCAUGCUCUGUCUGUAUUACCAUGAGCCCAUACCAGACAGCAAGGAGCAGCAGAAAAAAUUCCAGAUGACUGAAUUGGUGCUAGAGCUUGCAGCUCAGGUCAUGGAGGAGAAAGACAUUGGCUUUGGAAUGGUUGACUCGCACAAAGAUGCAAAGGUGGCAAAGAAACUAGGCUUGGAAGAGGAGGGAAGUGUAUAUGUUUUUAAGGAUGACAGGGUGAUAGAGUUUGAUGGUUAUCUGUCUGCGAAUAUUUUGGUGGAGUUCCUGUUGGAUCUGUUGGAUGAGCCAGUGGAGAUUAUAGAAAAUGCUCUGGAGCUAAGAGCCUUUGAUAGAAUGGAGGAAGACAUCCGUCUCAUUGGUUAUUUCAAGAGCGAAGAGUCUGAGCAUUACGAAGCAUUUAAAGAAGCUGCAGAGCAUUUUCAGCCAUACAUUAAAUUUUUUGCUACAUUUGAGAAGUCUGUGGCUAAGGAGCUGACUCUGAAAUUAAAUGAGGUCGACUUCUAUGAGCCCUUCAUGGAGGAGCCUGUCACCAUCCCUGGAAAGCCUCACUCUGAGAAGGAACUGGUGGAAUUCAUAACUGAACACAGGCGGCCCACCCUGCGGAAACUGCGGCCAGAAGACAUGUUUGAAACUUGGGAGGAUGAUAUUGAGGGUAUUCACAUUGUUGCCUUUGCAGAGGAAGAGGACCCUGAUGGUUAUGAGUUUUUGGAGAUCUUGAAAGAGGUGGCCAGAGACAACACUCACCUUCCUGACCUCAGCAUCAUCUGGAUUGAUCCUGAUGACUUCCCCUUGCUGAUUCCCUACUGGGGGAAGACCUUUAAGGUAGACCUGUUCAGACCGCAGAUUGGUGUCGUCAAUGUUACAGAUGCGGACAGUGUGUGGAUGGAAAUGGACGAUGAAGACGAUCUUCCUACAGCUCAGGAACUGGAGGACUGGAUCGAAGAUGUGCUCUCCGGGAAAGUCAACACUGAAGAUGAUGAUAAUGAUGAUGACGAUGAUGAUGAUGAUGAUGAUGACGAUGAUGACGAUGAUGAUGAUAAUGAUGAGGAUGCGGACGACAAUGAAGACACUGAUCAGGAAGUUGAGGAUGAAGACGAUGACGAAGAAGAAGAUGAUAACGACAACGACGAUGAUGAUGAUGAUAAUGAAGAUGACGACGAUGACGAUGAUGAUGAUGAUGAUGAAUAA